AUGCAGAAGAAAAUAUUUCGAUCAAGGGAGGCGUUGAGCAAGUGUGCUGUCGAAGAUAGUGUAUCGGGAAUGGUUCCAGACGGGGACUUCAAAAUAGCCUCGGAAAAUACGAUCUCGAAUCCGCUCCGGCGCUCUCACCCACUGUUGCAAGUGGGCUUGAGUUUCAUGCCAACCAUACCAAUGCUUUUCUUCGUUUCCGGCAUUUCAGCUUCGCUUAUGCACAAAAAACAUCUAGAUCGGAAAAGCGUUUAA